GCCGCCGACGUACGGUGCCCCCCCGUAGAAGCGAAAGUAAACUAGCUGAUUUUUUUAAUUCAAUUAGUUAUUAUAAUAGAUAUAAAAAAUAUACUGGUGAAAAAUGGGGGCCGGCCCAUGGAUGACGUGGUGUACCAGGUCCGGGCAGCAGUGACUGGCGGAGGGGGAGGAUCUUAACAAACUCGUUGGUUUGACGGAAUCUGAGAGGCUUGAAGAUUCGAUUAGUUGGCAGCUUCCUACUAUUUCGGAUCCAGCACAGCAGAUAACAACAGAGCGAAUUUGCUGUGACUACUGAUUCGGAGGAGCAAAUUUGCUGUGCGGCUCCCCGGCGCUUUCGGAGACAGCCGGAAUUAAUUCUUUCCUACUACUACUACUACUACUACUGCCACAUGGCUUUUAAUUAAUUAAUUAAAUUAAAUUAAAUUCAUUCGAAUUUAAAAUUUAAAUAUAAAUAUUCUGUUCCGACUCCAAUUCCUCUUCGCCCUCUACCUCUCUUCUCUCUCUAUAUAUAUAUAUAUAUAUAUAUUUUACUAUAUAAUAUAUGUAAUAAUAUAUAUAUAAAUAAUAACAGUAAUCUCCCCUUCCCAUCCUCACACCAAGUUGCAAUUCGAAGGAGGAGGAGGAGAACAUCAUUAUCAAGAGAGAGAAAAAGAGAGAAAGAGAGGGGGGGCCUGGUGGUCGGAAGAGAAGUUUUGAUCGAUCAAUAUAUAAAUAAAUAUAAAAUAUAUUAAGAAAGAAAGAAAGAAAGAAAAGAAAGAUCAUGGCGAGCGAGUCGGCGCCGGAGUGGCUGAACAAGGGGGACAACUCAUGGCAGCUGGCGGCGGCGACGCUGGUGGGGCUGCAGAGCGUGCCGGGGCUGGUGAUCUUAUACGGGAGCAUCGUGAAGAAGAAGUGGGCCGUGAACUCGGCCUUCAUGGCCCUCUACGCCUUCGCCGUCACCUUCGUCUGCUGGUCCCUCUGGGCCUUCCGCAUGUCCUUCGGCGACCGCCUGCUGCCCUUCCUGGGCCGCCCGGACUUGGCCGCCCUCGACCAGAGGUUCCUGCUGGCCCAGGGCUUCGCGGGGCUCUACCCCAGCGCCACCCUCGUCUACUUCCAGUUCGUCUUCGCCGCCAUCACGCUGAUCCUCAUUGCCGGGGCGCUCCUCGGCCGCAUGAACUUCAAGGCCUGGAUGCUCUUCGUCCCGCUCUGGCUCACCUUCUCCUACACCGUCGGCGCCUUCAGCGUCUGGAGCCCCAACGGCUUCCUCUUCAAGGCCGGCGUCAUGGACUUCGCCGGCGGCUACGUCAUCCACCUCUCUUCGGGGGUCGCCGGAUUGACCGCCGCCUACUGGGUGGGUCCUCGGAUGGCGAAGGAUAGGGAGAGGUUCCCACCCAACAAUAUCCUGCUGACCCUAACGGGAGCAGGCCUGUUAUGGAUGGGGUGGACCGGGUUCAACGGGGGGGCACCCUACGCCGCGAACAUCGACGCCUCCAUGGCCAUCCUGAACACUCACCUCUGCACGGCCACCAGCCUCCUCGUCUGGCUCUGCCUCGACAUGUUCGUCUUCGGCAAGCCCUCCGUCAUCGGCGCUGUCCAAGGCAUGAUCACCGGCCUCGUCUGCAUCACCCCCGCCGCAGGGCUGGUCCAAGGAUGGGCCGCGAUCAUCAUGGGGGUGUUAUCGGGAAGCACCCCGUGGUUCACGAUGAUGGUGCUGCACAAGAGGAUCCGGUUCCUCAAGCGAGUGGACGACACCCUCGCCGUGUUCCACACCCACGCCGUCGCGGGCAGCUUGGGCGGCAUCCUCACCGGCAUAUUCGCCGAGCCCAGGCUCAACCGCCUCUUCUUCGGCGACGAUCCCAAGUACGUCGGUCUCGCCUACGCCCUCAAGAUGGGCCGGGCUGCCGCCGGCUUCCGCCAGAUCGGGAUGCAGUUAGCCGGCAUAGUCUUCAUUAUAUCAGUGAACGUCACUGUCACAACGCUCGUAUGCUUGCUCGUCAGGCUCGCCGUUCCUCUGCGGCUCAGCGACGAUGAGCUGCAGAUUGGCGACGACGCCAUACACGGAGAGGAUGCGUAUGCGGUGUGGGGGGACGGAGAGACGUACGAGAGGUCCAUCCAUGGGGUUCAGAAUUUCGCACUACCGACCACCCUCGCCGAGGCUGCUUAAUAAUUCAUUUCGAGCUUCUGUCAACCUCAUGUAAAUAUUAGAUCAUUUCAGUGGGGCGCUAUUUUAAUUGAUUAGGCGUGAAUAUCUGUCGGUACUCUUUCUAAUCAUUUAUUAGAUAAUUAGCUUUUA